AUGCUGACCUCCUAUGUAACAGUUAUACUUUCAAAACUCAACCACCGCCAUAUCGUGAAUUAUCUUGGCUCGCAAGGCUGGGACACGGGGUUCGUUGAGAUAUUCAUGCCCAUGAAAAAGGGAACAUUGGCCGGUCUAGUGCGCAAGUAUCCAUCAUACAAUGACCUGAAGAAAAAUGGCAACACUGUGUUACUACAGAUGCUAUCCGCGCUCGAUUAUCUUGCUUUUAAUAAGCUCAUACAUCGCGAUAUAAAGCCGGAUAACAUUCUUUACGAUGUAACUAAUGUAAAGGGAGAAGAGCGUAUUGUCUUCCAACUAGCUGACUUUGGCCUCUCAGUCCUCCAGGACAUAGGAAGGAGCCAGGCUGGCACCAUAAUCUUUAUGGCUCCUGAGGUGCACGAUGGUGAUAAGCAACAGACGCCUAGGGCGGACAUGUGGUCUUUGUACGUGACCAUGUUGUGGGUUUAUAACGAACAGCUGUUCCGCCACUCGGUUGAAACAGGGAGACUAUAUAGACAAUCCGAUGUUCGCAGAACCGUCCUAAAUAUCGCCUCGACUAGUAAGGACUUGCAGUUUAUCCGGAGCAUGGCGAUUUACGACCCUUCCCUUCGCGCUUCGGCGGCCCAGAUACUGACUGGUCUCCGUAGACAGGACUUGAUGACCAAUAAAACUGCCGGGCCGACGAACUCGUAUAGUGAAUGGAUGGAUACUGUUAGGACGGGUAAAAGCAAAUUCUCCCCCUAUCUCUCGAGAAUCUUGGAAUUUUAA